AUGGCCACAAAUGCUGGAGGCCUCGCUGCCUCUGCCAAAUCUGUGCCAGCCGCUGUCGCAACCGAAUCGACCAUAAUGGGAGCAACACCCCCGGAAGGCGCAGUGGUUAGCCAUACGCUUCCACCCGAGAAACCGGAAGGCAUCCGGACACGGACAAAGGUUAUACUCGCGUUUUGGGUUGUUAUUAUAUUCUUUGGGCUGCCGAUGUGGUGGAGGACCACUUCUGUUUACCGGGCGUCGUUACCCCUGGAUGAGAUGAUGAGUUGGGCAGAGGGCAAGGCAUGCAAACCCGAAUUUCCGUUGGAGAUUGUCCUGCGAACGCCAUCAACCUCAAUGGCUGAGGCUCAGAGCCUUCUGCGAACAACACAACAUGCCCUGGACGACUUGAAUGAAUUUCCAGUACACCAUUUACGACUGAAGCUAGCGAAUCAUACCGAGACAACAGAAAACAAUAAACUUGAUAUUGAUAUUGAAACGGAGGAUAAUUCGAAUGCGGCGCUUGUCGUAAAUCUCAUUCCCUCAGAAAUCGCAACGCCUACUUCAGAGCUUCAUUCUCAUGCACCGCGGAUAGAUAUAUGGUAUCCGCCUAGUCAACUGUCAUCCGUUACUUCUACAACCUCUCCUCUCAUUACUUUUAUUGCUGGAGAGAUUCAGAAAUUAUUCAACGAAGAAAAAGCCACUAUCGCGUAUAUUUUGGGGCAGAGUAAUUCUGCGUUGGCAUCCUCAUUCCCCAGAGGAGGUCAAUUGGCUGAGCUCGUUAGCAAAAGAGUCGGCAGAUCGCUCAAGUAUGCAGAAACAUAUCAUUUAUCAUUUUCACUUUUUACACCCGGCUCACAGCCGUCGUCAUGGGAGAUUGAGAAUGCGAUUCAGGAAUACUUUGUUCCAUUGCUAGACGCAUUCUCACCAAUCAGCAAUUUUUCAAUCGACACUCAGGUCCAACUAUAUGCUUCCUUUUCUCCGACAUCCCCCCACCCAGAGUAUGAUGAGGGAUCACAAAAAUGGACGCUCAAGGAGGAAGAUCUCAGCUCCUUUAUCAACGCUGCAGAAUGGCCAUUGAGUCCGGGCAUAGGCAGUGGACCAACGAUCAACUUCGUUUUAUAUGUUCCUGCUGCGACGCAGUCACCACUAGUCGUAAAGGAAAAUCUUGCUACAAGCUGGAUUGUGCCGCAAUGGGGCGGCGUUGUCAUUGUCAAUCCACCUGCCACACCUGGCGACGAUAUUAACCCACCACACCUCGCCAAGGAGUCACUCAAACCCGCUCUCCUCACAUUCUCGCACCAACUCCUCACUCUGCUAGGUACACCAGCCACACCAUCCUCUCUUCCCCUCCGGCUGCAAACCUCAAUCCGUACCCGAGCAGCUACCUUGUUGCUCUCUGCGUCAUCAACAAUGGGCUCCCUAGCCCGCCUCACUCAAUCCUUAUCUUCAAUCCCCAUCCCACGGAACGUUGCCUCCUCCGUGCUCACCACUUUGAGUCACUUAUCAUCAACCUGCCAACUUCUCCGCGAAGGCAAAUUCGCAGCGGCGCUGGCCAGUGCCCGAAUAGCCGAAAAGGAAGCAGAGAAAAGUUUCUUUGAGAAGAGUAUGGUUGGACAAAUGUAUUUUCCGGAUGAGCACAAGAUUGCGGUUUAUUUGCCGUUAUUGGGGCCUAUUGGGGUGCCAUUGGUGAUGGGGUUGUUGAGGGAGGUGAAGAAUUUGGUUGUGGAACUCAAGCGGAGGAGAGCAGCCAGUAGAUAG